AUGAAUUUAUUGAACAUCGUUAAACAUCUUUUCCAUUUGGCUCAAACUGAAUAUGGAUUUGAAAAUUCUACAACAACUAUCGAUGAAAUUUUUACUGCAGAACGAUUAUUCGAAGUUUUGAAGUCAUUUAAAAAUAGUUACUUCAAUGAGCUAUAUACUUAUGACACUCUCGAAUUUGAAGAUGAAUAUGAUGAAAUCACUGAUGAAGAAGAAAGCGAUGAUAAAAUAAUUGAUGAAGAAGAGAGCGACAAUGAAAUUGAUGAGAAUGAUCAAUUUUAUUUAAAAAAUCAUUUUACAUUAGAAGAAAUGGAAAAUAUAAUCGAAUGGGUUGACUAA